GACAGCGCUGUGACAGCUGAAGCAUAUAAAAUUGAAUUUUCCUUCUAAUAUUGAUUAAUCUGAAUCCAAUCUAAUAAAAAUGUCGUUAAAUGAAAGGGUACAAGAGGAAAUCGAAGCUUUGGAGGCGAUAUUGAUGGACGAUAUUUCCAUCUCAUACAAAGAAGACGGCUGCCCGGAACUAGUCAAAUCUACGAUAUUCCCGUCGACCGCAGACGACCCCGACAAGCAAUACGUCUGUGUUACUUUAGAAGUUAAGUUACCUGAAGAAUACCCGGAUUGUGAGCCGGUCGUGCAAUUGAGGAACCCGAGGGGGCUCGACGAUACGAAUUUAAACCACUUGUAUAGAGCCAUUAAGGACAAAUGUAACGAAUUCAUAGGGCAGCCUGUCAUUUAUGAGUUAAUAGAGUUAAUUAGAGAGAAUCUCACUGAAAGUAAUUUACCUACUUGCCAUUGCGCUGUGUGUCUGUACGGAUUUACAGAAGGUGAUAGUUUUACUAAGACUCAAUGUUUCCACUACUUCCAUUCCUAUUGUCUUGCGAUGCACUUGAUCACGACGGAAAAACACUUCGUCGAGGAGCAGGAGAAGUUGCCCGCUUGGCAGAAAAGCACCAAGGGGUUUCAAGCUUCGUGUCCGGUUUGUCGCGAACCAAUUAACUGUGAUGUCCAAGAACUGAAGAACGCUCUUCCACCGAGGGAACUUGAAAAAGCUCAAAACUUUGAAGUUACCAAAGAGUUGCAGACGCUGCAAGCACAAAUGCGCAAGCUGUUCAUUUAUCAGAAGAGCCGCGGCGGAAUUAUCGAUGUAGAAGCUGAAGAGAACAAGUUAUUGUUGAUAACGGAGUCCCCAGACAGCUCCCCGGGUGACGAUCCAGGACCCAGCCUGCCUCAGGGGGAGCCCAUGGGCGACGGGGUGUUCGCGCGCAGCAGGUGCGACCCAAGGGAUAACUCAAAUGCCAGCAGGUGACCAAGGUGUUCAAUGUCAAAAAACGUACGUGUCAUAUUGAAAUCAUACUCGUUCUACAUGUUGCUCUAGUGAAGGUAUAAAAUUACUUAGGAAUAUGUAAAUGUAUUUAAUUUAUUUUAUAAAACUUAUUAUUAAUAAAUAGAAUAGAUCAA